AGUGAAAAAAACGCAUGCAAUUCAAUACAAAUGCUGACAAUUUUCCACCGUCUUCUCUGUUUAGCCGUUUCAUUCUGUUCCUUUCCUGCCGUGGCUGUUGCCCGUUCCGGCUCCGCAUUGAGGGAAAAUUCUUCCGGCUCCGCUCUACUAACUACCGCCGUUUUAUUGUCCCAGUGCCACUGUCGCCAUUCUCGCCGCGGCUGUUGCCGUCCAAUAGGUGCAUCCAUUCCGGCUCCGCAUUGAGUGACCAGCUCCGCCCUACCAACUACCGCUCCCGAUUUUGUUGCCGUUCCGGACGUUUCGUUUUCAGCCUUGGCUGGUUCCGCCCAGUAGGUGUUCCCGUUCCGACUUCCCCCACAACUACCGAACGCAGGUGAUAUAGAAGGGAGGAUCGAGCGGCGACUGAACCAUCUCCGCGAAAAAUUUGGGGAAUCAUCGCUACAACCUCAAAUUGUCGCAGUGGGCACGAGCAACUCAACAAAAGCAACGAUGGUUAUUUUU